UAAACCCUAGCAACACUAUAAAAAAAUAACACGGCCGUUGUAUGUUGACUGCGUUUGCAAUUAUCAUUUUUAUUUUGAGUAUUUAUUCCAAAUUUGCUGUGUUUCUCUUAAUAUUAAUGAUGCAUUGUUAUUAGCAGCUGUCAGAUAUUCUGUCCGCUGACUUUAAUAAUAUAUUUACGCCAUGUAUUUCGACGAAGAAGACAUACUUCAUGUCGUCCGUCGUGAGCUCUUUACACUUAGGUCCAACCUUGAGGCCACGCCUUAUGGUUUGAGAAGUGUACCCACUCACACUGAAGAUGGAAUACCGAUCAGGAAACUAUAUGUGUCCAAUUUACCACCUAAGACCACCCGGGCAGAGCUUUUUGGAGUGUUUGCACCAUACGGUUUCAUCAAAAGCUGUUGGCUGAGGAAGGGUGAUAAGGGCUCCAGCAAGAACAGUCCCAUACCAACUUAUGCCUUUGUGACUUUUAGCAACCCAGCUGAUGCCCACAAAGCAUUACAAGCACCAAGCCAUGAGAAAAAUUUGCGAGGUCGCAACCUAAGAAUAUCUCCAGCGGACAGUUGGCAUCAGCCUGUUGAGGAUGCUGAUGGUCGAGUACGCUGGAAGCCACGUGGCCCUAAAUCCGAGAGGCCUACAUCCAGAGAUUCUAACAAUAGUCAUUCAGAAGAAGCUGCCGAUACGAAUUCUUCUGAAGUGCCACAGGAAACUACAGAAAUUGUUGCGGAAACCUCUACUUCAGAAACGGAAAUACAAACUGUUCAAGAAAAUACAGAAGAAGAACAAGGAUAUAAUAUAUUGGAUAUUUUAAACAGGGAUUGUUUAACACACAUCCUAACGUAUAUUCCACUACGAGACCUCAUUAUAUCGGAAAGAGUUAGUAAAGGCUGGCAAAGCAUGGUUCAGGAAUAUUUAGCAGGCAUAAGAGUGUUCAAGACGUCGUGGUGGCAGCACGUGCCAGAGACGCUGACGACGGCAGUGCUACGGCGCGUGCUGCAGCGCGUGGGCGGUUCACUGACGCGGCUGCACAUCGACCACCCCUGGUCCGCACUCAACGACCGCACCGCACACACCGUCGGCAAGUUCUGCCCAGACCUCGAGGAGUUCAAGGUAGUUGGAAUGCAUACAAAAAAUUGGAACCCGUUGAUAUAUGGAUGUAAACAGCUAAGAAGCCUUUCUUUUGUGUCUUGCAAUAAGCUGACGGAUUCCAGUUUAGUUCAUCUGGUGAAAAGCGAUUCGUGCAUAGAGAGUUUAAUGGUCGCCAACAACACCCACGUCACUGGGCUGUUUCUGACUGGCUCAAACCCACCAAAGUUAAACUCCCUGUCGUUCUACAACUGUUACAACCUCCAAGGCACAGUUCUGUGUGCUGCUAUCGAUACUCUGCCCAACCUGACCACAUUAAAACUUGAUGUGUGUCCAGCCACCAUGUGGAAAAUCAUUCCUCUCAUAUUACAAAAACUACCGCAACUGGAAGACUUAUCGCUGAGCGAGUACACUUCUGUGGAGAUUAGUUUCGCGACUCAAAGCAAUGAAGCGUUCUGUGAAUCACUUGCCACAUUGACUGAACUGAAGACAUUGAAUCUCAGUAGAAAUAUUCAUAUAACUAAUGACGUGAUGAAGCAGGUUGCGCAGUCGUGCCCCAAGCUGGAAUCCUUGAAUAUAUCUAGCUGUAAUAGCAGGAAGCAAUUUCCGCAUACAGGUGUGAGCGACGAGGGCGUGAUGGCGAUUUGCGGGUCGUGCAUGUGUCUGCGGCGGCUGGACGUGUCGUACCUGGCCGCGCUGUCCGACGACGGCGUGUGUGCCGCCCACGUGCUGCCGCACCUCACCGAACUCACUGCGCGCGGCAACCCCGCGCUCACCGCCGAGUCGGUCGCGCGAUGCAUCGCUUCAUGCCAUUUCUUGAAGGAAGUGGACGUGUGCGGGUGCGACGGCGUGUCGGAGGCGCUGGUGGAGGCGGCGCGGCGCGCGCUGGAGCGGCGCCCGCGCGCGCUCGUGCUGCGCCUGGCCGGCACCGCCGCCGCCGCGCUGCAGUCCGAGUUCCCUACGCACAAGAUGCUGACGGUGAACGUAGUCGACGACCGCAGCAACCCAAACCUGCGUCCCGACUUUGUGGAUCGCAUAUUCGAGGACAGUUCCGACGACUCGCUCGACGAACUGUACGACCACGAUGACUUCGACGACUUUUUCGGACAAGAUGAUGAGCUGUUUUUAGACGAUGAGUUGGACGACUACGAAGCGAUCUAUGCGUAUGGUCUGCAUGCGCCCGGCGUCAUCCUCCUGUAGAGGCCGGGCGCCGCGCCGUCGCACGCGCCGAGGCCACGCCCUCUCCAUAAACGACGGGCUAAAUUAGUAUAAUUCAUACUUAAAUAUACGCAGGCGUCAUUUUAAUUUCCCUUCAUGCGACAACGAGGUAAAUGGGAUUAUUUUGCCCCAAUUAUUACUUUAGCUUACAUUUUCUUUGUCGCAUUUUAUUACAUAAUUUAGUCGAAUGUAUACUGUACAGGAUGUUAUUUUUAGAUCUUCAUCUGGUCUAAAAGUUGCAGUCAAUCUUGUUUACACUGGAAACUUGAUAAUGAUUAUAUUUAUCUGUGAUGAAAUAUUAUCUUAAUACAAUUCAUCUUGGUCCAUAGUGUUCCUUACAUUAUCUAUACUCAUAAAAUUAAUAUGAUAUAGAUUUGAUAUAAUUAAAGUGUGAAUCAAAAUAAUGUUUAAUGUUAUUUAUUUAUGGAACCACACCUUUUGUUAAAUGUUAAUUUGUAGUGAAGAAUAAAAACACAUAACAAAUGGCUGCCACAUAUUGCUGUUGAUUGUGAAGAUUUGUAUAUUGGCAUUCAUCAUUGCUUUGUUUGGAAUGAGAAAUGUUUGUAGGAAUAGAAUGCCUUAGGUCUUCUUUAAAAUCAUUCAUAAUGAUCUAAGCGCUAAGCUUUCAUUACCAGUAAAUACAUUAGUUAUGGUUCUUAACAAUGGUAAGUAAGAAAAUUAUUGUGCUGUUAUUAACAUACUUAUAUAUUUUGUUAUUCACUUCAACCGCACAUUUCAUUUGUCUAGUCACCAUCAACAGGAAUUGUGGACAGUGUAAACAAACCUUUUGCUUAAUAUUUCACCAUAGAUUACACACGAUAUUUUACAAAAGGUAUAAAAUUCAUUGGAUGUCUAAAUGUUGGUAUAUUUUGUUUAGUAAAAGUUGAUGUUCAUUUGUAUUCGUUUUGCAUGAUUGAAUGUGAAUCCAAAACUAAAAAUUCAUUUCAGACAUGUAUGUACCGGGCCACAUCUACUAACUGUUUAUCUUGAUCUGUCCAAUCUGAGUCUUAAAAUAAUAGUAUUAAAUAUAAUAGUUAAGGUUUCACCACAUGUAAUCUUUCUCGUAAAUAGUAAUUUAUGUAUGUUACAUAAAAUAAUGUAGUGGGUUGUUUACACUUGCACAAUUCCCAUUGACGGUGAUGAAGUCUCAAUUAGAUAGAGCUAGUUUUUUGCGGCAAGUUUCUUGAAACGGGUUUUGCCUGUCAAUGCUGACAAGAAUUGCCUCACCAUUGUCCUUAGACGGGAAAACUUUUGAUUUCCUUUUAAGAAUCGUAUGUGCGAUGCGAGAAAAUUACUCCGUUAUAUUGAGGAUACUAACGGAACAGAACUACUAUCAUAAUAUGUAUAGUUUUACAUUGAUUUCUUGUAUUAUGUAGUUAAUUUAGUUAUCAUUUUAGGAAUUGUUCUAUAUAUUAUGAUGUUUUGCCAUAGUCCCUGUUUUCAUGCAAAGGACAUAGGGUAGUUGACCACCAUUAAAUUUAGAAUAACGUUUAAUAUGAAAUUGAAAGUUUUACAAUAAUUCAGUAGCAAAAAAUAAAACAAGAUGGGAGAAUAAAGGAUGUUGUUAUACGCUUAUUGAAGUUUAGAAGGUUUAAUGAUGCGGGUCUGAACUGUGAUCCUUAUCGCAUAAUGGGAAUACCCUUGUGGUUUAUAUGCAUAAUAGGAAGUUGCAAAUUGCGAUGUAUCACAAUGCGAUUGGUGGAUAAAAAAUUUCAAAAUAAUUUGUCUAAUAGUACAUGGCCGCUUAUUAACAGUUACUAUUCGAUAUUUUCACAUUCCAGACUUCUCCAGAAAAAAAUAGUAUCAAUGUGGAUUAAAAUGUUUUUUGGUUGAUGACCUUAUUGAAAAGUUUUACUAAGUGAUUUGAUUUACAAAAUAUGCUCAACUACCCAAUUAUAUUGGUUUUACGAUGCAAAGCUUGUGUGUGAUGUGAUUUUUCUGCUCUGGAUUUAGACAAGAAAUUUUAGGUUUGUAAUCAUUUUUCAAUAUUUUUAUUAUGUUAGUGUAUCUUUAUUGUUUUCCCUUUUUAAGAACUUAGCAUACAUAAUCAAAGUGGUGAUUUUUAUUUGUUUUAAUAGUAAAAUGCUUUCGUUUUAUUCACUAGGUCAAACAAUCAGAUGCUGUUUAUUUUUUAUGGUAUUUUAAACACACAGGCAUUUUUUUUUAAUUUCAAAUUACAAAAGAGGGGUUUUGUUGUUUUUAUAGAACUCGUUGUUUGAAUAAUGCUUAGUUUUACUGUGGAUAUAUCUAUAAUUUGUAUUUAUAAUUUUUUACUUCCAUCUCCAUGAGUACCUGUUUGUUUCAUUACAUCUCCUUGUUCUGUGUAAUAUUUCAUAAUAAUAUUAUGUAGAAUUUGGUAAAGUGAGGUUUAUAAGUUAAUUUUUUAGAGCAAAGAAAAUGUUGUGUGUAAUUAAACAUUUUAUAUUUUUACAUGGCAUUUUCCAUUUUACAAUGAAUGUAAACAUUUUGUUGAUUUAACAUUUCAUUUUCAAUGUGAACUCAUUGAGGUGUUCAAUAUUGUAAACCUUUUUUACAAGGAUAUUAUACAUGUUGUCAUUAUUGGGUUAAUUUAAUGGUGAUUUAAGUUUUGGAUUUGCAUUUUGAGAAGAUUAACUUAUGCAUGCAUGAUUUGUGAUAACCACUUGGUUUUUAUACAUUGUGUUACAUCAUUACUAAGAAGCAAAAUAAAUUUUCUUCAAACACUGA